AUGGCAUAUCAAAACAGAAUCAGUAAUGACAGCACAAGCCGAUCUUUUUGUUCUUCCUCCAAUGAAGCAGCUACAGUGGUAGAUGCAGCAGCCUACCCUCAUCUAUCUCAAACUCAGUCUCGUGGCGGCUUUGGUGAAGUAGAUGGCAAUGCUGUAGACAUUGAGAUUGCUCUCGAAGAAUACAGAUCUGUGCAGAGGGAAUUGACUCGACAAUCAAAAAAGACGCAGCCAGAUGCUGAUGUGGAAAAGGCGCAAGAAAGCGACUUUGAUCUGACGGAAUACCUGGCAAAUCAGCAUGACCAACUGGCAUCUGCUGGCCUGAAAUCAAAGAAUAUGGGCGUGAUCUGGAAGAAUCUGACGGUACAAGGUGUAGGUGCUGAUGCUAGAUCCAUUGCUACCAACUGGUCUGUGCUGACAAAGGCUGCUCGAUUCUGGGAAUGGACUAAACACAGAGGCACUGAUUUUACCAUUCUGCAUGAUAACAAUGGUUUUUGCAAAUCAGGCGAGCUGCUUCUCGUAAUCGGACGCCCUGGCAGUGGAUGCUCCACACUCCUCCGUAUCUUGGCAAACAUGCGUAGCUCUUAUACAAGCAUCGAAGGAGAUGUGUCGUACGGUGGCAUUGAUGCUCAUGAUUUCGGCAAACAUUUCAAAGGCGAAGUGUGCUAUAAUGAGGAAGAAGACCUCCAUUACCCCACAUUGACUACUGAACAGACGCUUCGCUUUGCGCUCAAGAACAAGACACCUAGCACCCGUAUCCCUGGUGAAUCUAAGCAAGACUUUAUCAAUAGCGUGCUCUACAUGCUUGGCAAUAUGCUGGGCCUUACAAAACAAAUGAAGACUAUGGUGGGCAAUGCUUUUGUGCGUGGUCUCUCUGGUGGUGAGCGCAAACGUCUCUCUAUUGCUGAACAAAUGACAACACACAGUUCCAUCAAUUGCUGGGAUUGCUCUACACGCGGUCUGGAUGCCUCCUCUGCCUUGGACUAUGUGCGUUCUCUGCGUAUCAUGACCGACAUCAUGCAAAAAACUACCAUUUCCACACUGUACCAAGCUUCUGAUAGCAUUUUCGAUUUGUUUGAUAAGGUGAUGGUGCUUGAUGAAGGUCGUUGUAUCUACUUUGGCCCUACCUCUGAAGCCAAGGCUUACUUUACUGAUAUGGGUUUCUACUGUCCUCCUCGUAAAUCUGCUCCUGACUUCCUCACUGGCUUAUGCAACCUCAAUGAACGGCAAGUGCAGCCUGAAUUUCAAGAUUGUCAAAUGCCAACGAACGCUGUUCAAUUUGAAAAGCGCUACAAGGAGUCUGCCAUGUUUAAUAAGAUGAUCACAGAACGCGAUCAGUACGAGAAAGAGAUCAACCAAGACAAGCCCUAUGAGUCUUUUCUCGAAGCAUUCAAGCAAGCACAUGAUAUACCUGCUGUUGUUAGCUACUAUGAUCAAGUAAAGGCGCUCACCAUUCGUCAAUUCCAACUGAUUUGGGGUGAUAAGUACUCUCUUUUUGUACGCUAUGGCGAUGUUAUUGUCAAAGGACUGAUCACAGCUUCUGUCUUUUAUAUGAUGCCUUUAAAUGGCACUGGUGCUUUUAGCCGCUCUGGAGCCUUCUUGUUUGCACUCAUCUUUAACGCGUUCAUCGCUCAGUCCGAAUUGCCUUCUUUCAUGAAAGGUAGACGAGUAUUGGAAAAGCACAAGCAUUUUGCCUUGUAUCAUCCAUCUGCCUUUUACUUUGCUCAGGUCAUGGUGGAUAUUCCUUUGGCUGUCCUUCAGGCUAUCGUGUUUGAGGUUUGCAUCUACUUUCUUAUGGGCCUUGCUUCUGACGCUGGAAAAUUUUUCACGCUGUUUGUCAACCUGAUAGCUAUCACGCUUUGCAUGAAUGGUUUCUUUCGUUUCUUGGGUGCUGUCUGUCCUAACUUUUUUCUUGCUUCUCAGCUCUCUAGUUUUGCAUUUGUUGCCUUGUUGAUCAACUCUGGCUAUCAGCUUCCUUACCCAGACAUGCAUCCCUGGUUUAUGUGGAUCUAUUGGAUCAAUCCCAUUGCCUACAGUUACAAGUCCAUCCUGUCUUCCGAACUGAGAGGAGCCUUGUUCAGCUGCGAUGGCGUUAAUAGUGUUCCCAAUGGCCCUGGUUAUACUAAUCCUGCCUACCGUACUUGCGUUCUUCCAGGUGCCAGCCCUGGCGCUAGCUUUGUUCUCGGUGAUGACUACUUGGCUCAGCAGUACGAGUAUUACACAUCGCAAAUCUGGAUCAACUUUGUGGCUGUAGUGCUGUUCUUUGUACUUUUCACUGCUCUCACUGCACUCUGCAUGGAAUAUGUUGACCUCAAGCAAGAAGGAGCCAUCACAAAGGUGUACAAGAAGGGCGCCUCUCCCCAAGUAGAGUCCACAGAAGCUCAGUUGAAACAAGAAAAGACAAGAAAAGAGCAGCAACUAGAACCAGUGGCCAAUGGAACCACUUUCUCAUGGCACCACGUCAACUACACUGUUCCCAUCAAAGGUGGAAGUCGUCAAUUACUGGAUAACGUGGCUGGUUUAGUCAAGCCUGGACAUCUCUGCGCCUUGAUGGGCUCUUCUGGUGCUGGUAAAACUACGCUGCUGGAUGUCUUGGCCAAGAGAAAAACUAUUGGCACCAUUGAAGGCAAUAUCUACAUGAAUGGCGAGCAUUUAGCGAGUGAUUUUGAGCGUCUUACUGGCUACUGUGAGCAAAUGGACGUCCACAACCCCAACACCACUGUCCGCGAAGCACUGCAAUUCUCUGCUUACCUUCGCCAGUCUGCUGAUAUGCCCAAGGAAGAGAAAGAUGCCUAUGUGGAGCAAAUUCUGGACCUCUUGGAGAUGCAAAAGAUUGGCGAAGCUUUGGUAGGAGACCUUGAAGAAGGCAUUGGUAUCUCUGUUGAAGAACGCAAACGCCUUACUAUCGCUGUAGAGCUCGUUGGAAAGCCAAAGCUUCUCUUUUUGGAUGAGCCCACCUCUGGUCUUGAUGCCCAAUCCUCUUACAACAUCAUUCGAUUCAUUCGCAGAUUAGCUGAUGCUGGCUGGCCCGUGCUUUGUACCAUCCAUCAACCCUCUGCUACUCUGUUCGAGCAUUUUGAUCACUUGCUGCUUCUGAUGAGAGGUGGCCGCACGGCUUACUUUGGUGAAGUUGGCAAGGACUCUCGCACGAUGAUUGACUAUUUCGAGUCCAACGGUGGCCCCACUUGCUCUCCUGAGGCUAACCCUGCAGAGUACAUAUUGGAAUGCGUGGGUGCUGGUACUGCUGGCAAAGUAACUACUGACUGGGCUCAAGUCUGGGCCAACUCGCCUGAAGCUACUGCUCUUGAGGAGGAACUGGAAGCCAUUCACAGCUCUAUUGAUCACACUGUCAAUCGCAAAGUGGAGGCCUAUGCACAAUCAUUCUGGCCACAACUGUACUAUGUGCUCAAACGAAUGAAUAUCUCCUGGUGGAGAUCACCUUCUUACAAUGUGGGCCGUUUACUCAACGUUGUCUUUAUUGGCUUGAUCACUGGUUUUACUUUUUGGAAGGUGGGCAAUACUCCCAAAGACAUGCAAAACCGCAUGUUUGGCCUCUUGACGUCCAUGUUUAUGGGAAAUACCAUAAUUAUCUUGAUCCAACCGCGCUACAUGCAAGAGCGUACGUGGUUCCGUCGCGAAUAUGCUAGCAAGUACUAUGGAUGGUUUCCAUUUGCCUUGUCCUGUAUACUGGUGGAGAUUCCGUACCUCGUAUCUCUCUCGGCUGUCUUCUUGGUCUGCUACUACUGGACUACAGGUCUGCAAAACGUAUCUGAGCGUGUAGGUUACUUUUUCAUUCAGUUUGUUGUCUACAUGUUCCAUUCCGUCACCUUUGGAUACGCUAUUGCUGCUUUCUGUGAGUCUCCUACUAUGGCUGCCAUUUUGAACCCCUUCUUUACCACUAUUUUGUACCUCUUUUCUGGUCUUUUCCAAACGCCCAAAGCUAUGCCCAAGUUUUGGAGCGCCUGGAUGUACUGGCUUGAUCCUUAUCACUAUUUUAUUGAAGGUCUCGUUACAAAUGGCCUGGAUAGUGUCCCUGUUGUGUGUAGCGACAGCAACUACAUCAAAAUAAAGGCACCUCCUGGUAGAAACUGUGGCGAGUACAUGGCUGAUUUCUUUGCUGAUGGCGGUUUAGGCUACAUUGGCAAUCCUAAUGGUACUGAUUACUGCGAUUACUGCCAAUAUAGCAUUGGUAAUGACUAUUAUGAAACUAAUAUUGGCUGGUCUUAUUCCAACAGAUGGCGUAACUUUGGUCUUCUCUGGGUGUUCACCGCUUUUAAUGUCGUCUUGUUUGUUGUGCUUGUAUACUUGUUUAGAAAGCAAAAGCGAUAA